AUGUGCGGCAACCCAACAGAUCUGCAACGCCCGUCCGUCUCAGUUCUUCCGGACGCCAUUCAGCCGCAGCAUGCCGCUACGCCAAUGCGCCCAGAUCCACAGCUGCCGCGAAGCCGUGCACCGGUUCAGGGGAGAAUGCACGACACCAUGCCAGCUGCCAAGCGCAAGGCCGCCGCGUCGACCGCGCCUUCCGAUGUCGACUCGGACCCCGACCUCGAGAUCCCCACCGCCUCGCGCACGCAGCCAGCCCGCAAGCGUGCGCACAUGGACACGCUCUACACCGAAAGCGUGCUUCGCAUCCUCCCUCGCACCGGCUUCCUCCGUCACUUCCCCACCCAGAAGCGGCGAUGUCUAGCCACGCUCGCUGGCGAUCUUCCUCCACCACGCAGCCACCACACUGGCGAGCCCGCCAGCACCGCCGCGGCCAGCUAUGCCAAGGCGUGCGUGGGGCUCAGCGACGAGUGGCAUACACUCCACACCAUGCUCAAGGCCACCGUGACGGCGCAGGAGAGCAACAGCGCGCUACUGAUCGGUGCGGCGGGUGCGGGAAAGUCGCUGCUCGUAGAUUCGGUGCUACGCUCACUCGAGGAGGAGUUCUACCAUGUGCGGCUUGCGGCGAGCGUGCAGAUCAACGACCGCGCGGCGAUGAAGGAGAUGGCCCAGCAGCUGAUCUUGCAGGGCGCGUUUGGCGAGCAGGAUGUUUCCGAUGCCAUGGACUCUCCCACGGACGAAGAGGAUUUCCCCGCACCGAGGAACGAAGGGGAUCAUGUGUUUGGGGGGGAUGGCGAGAGCGAGGAAGAGGUGGAUGAGGAGGCCGAGAUGCAGGACGAAUUGGCAGGUGCGAUCCUGUCGUCGCUCAACAACAUUAUCGCACACAUCAUCGCGCUGCUGUCCAAUACGGCAAGCAAGGGCGCACGCAAGCCGUUGGUGAUUACGCUGGAUGACUUUGACCUGUUCACGGCGCGGCCGAGGCAGGCGUUGCUGUACUGCCUGCUGGAUGCGGUGCAGGCUGCAUCGUACGGUGCCGGUCUGGCGGUGGUCGGCAUGACGAGUAGGGUGGAUACAGUUGACCUUCUCGAAAAGCGCGUCAAGAGUCGGUUUUCGCACCGGAUUGUUCACGUCAGACCACCGAGGGACUACGAUACGUUCGAGCAGAUCGUGCGUAAUGCGCUAUCGCCACCCAUGGAGGGGAGUUCCGCGGGGGAGAGGGAGGUGAAUUCGGCCUGGGAGGCGGAUAUGAGUCUGGUGCUUUCGCAUCCACCUGUGCACGAUAUCCUUCGUGGGGUGUACGAACUUUCCAACGAUGUUCGUAUGGCCUAUCGCAUCCUACUCCCCGCCGUAGCUGCUACGACCACAACGAAUCCGCUAUUGGAUGUGGAGAUUCUUAUCCAAACGGCGGCCAUCGAAGUGGGAGAUGGAAUGUCGCACAUCCUCCGCGACCUGACCGAACCCGAACUAGCUCUACUGCUUGCGAUACGGCAACUGCAACUCCGCGAUCGGGCGGUGUUUAACUUUGAGAUGGUCUUCGACGAGUUGCGACGCUUCGCCGCGCGCGACUCACGAGACCGUCAAUCCGCCACCUCGGGGGGAUCAGGUUCGGUGGCGAGUGCAUCAUACGCGGAUCGAAAAAUCGCCCUACUCGCUUUUCAUACCCUACUCGGACUCGAACUGUUGUUGCCAGAGAAUUACGUGACGACACUGACGAUCAGCAAUCCAGUCGCAAAACCAAGCGCUACUCCAACCGCGACUCAGACGGGAAGGGCCAAUCAGAAUACAAUCAGGAAGGAGUUUUGGAAGGUGAGGUGCGUUCUGCAGCCCAACACCAUCGCUGCUGCGGCAAGGGAUAGGUCCAGGCCAAUCGCUGUCACUUCGUCCCUCGAGAAGUGGGCUUCGCAUACGUAG